UAUUAUAAAUCUCAGAAUCAGAUUAUCUGAGAAAAUAAUAAAAACCAUGGAUGGCAAAGAAGCAUAUAGACCGUGGAAUGAUAUUGAUUCCGGCGAGGAGAUCGUUAUAUCUGGUAUUGCUGGCAGAUUUCCUGGUUCAGAUAACAUGAAUCAUUUACGAGAAAACUUAUUCAAUAAAAUUGAUCUCGUUAAAGCAGAUCAUGGCCGAUGGGAAAAAGAGCAUCCAGACUUACCAAUGCGUAUGGGAAUAAUUAACAACUUAGAAAAAUUUGAUGCGGAUUUCUUUGGAUUAUCUUUCAAGCAAGCACACGUACUUAUGCCCGAAGGGAGAAUGUUACUGGAACAUUCUUAUGAAGCAAUUAUCGAUGCAGGAAUUAAUCCAAAGCAAUUACGAGGGAAAAAUACUGCUGUGAUCAUAGGCACAUCUUAUAUUGAAGGACAAGAGAAAUUUCUAUAUGAGAAUUAUCAGUUAGACGAUUUUCAAAUCAUUGGAUGUAGCAAAUCUACAAUGGCAAAUGUGAUUUCGUACUACUUGGAUUUAAAAGGACCAUCUUAUACCGUCGAUGCAGCAUGUAGUACUAGUCUUUAUGCCAUGGCCCUUGGUUAUCAUUGUAUUAUGUCGGGAAAAUGUGAAGACGCGAUAAUUGGAGCUGGAAAUCUAUGUUUGCAUCCGAUUAUUAGUCUGCAAUACGCUCGUCUUGGUGUUUUAUCACCUGAGGGCUAUUGCAGACCUUUCGAUUCUAAUGGAAACGGUUAUUCGCGUAGCGAAGCAGUGGCAGUAGUAUACCUUCAAAAGGCAAAAAGUGCGAAGAGAAUUUAUGCUAUAUGUCCGCAUAUAAAAUUAAACAGUGACGGUUACAAAGAAACAGGAAUAACAUAUCCAUCCUCGCUAAUGCAAAGUACUUUACUAAAGGAAUGUUACAAUGAAUGCGGAAUACUAACAUCUUGCUUGGAUUACAUUGAAACACAUGGUACCGGUACCAAAGUUGGCGAUCCACAGGAAGUCACUGCUAUCUAUAACAGUUUGUGUAAAAAUAGAGAAACUCCAUUAAUGAUCGGCUCCGUAAAAUCCAAUCUUGGUCAUGGUGAACCUGCAAGUGCUUUUAUUCAAAUCGCUAAGACAGUAAUAGCCUUUGAAACCGGUUUUGUUCCACCAAACAUCAAUUAUAUAUCACCACGAGAUGAUAUAAAUGCCUUAAAAAAUGGAAAAAUCUGUGUUGUCCAAGAACCAAUGCCAAUUAUAAACGGUUAUAUAGGAAUAAAUUCUUUCGGUUUUGGAGGAGCCAACGCUCAUAUGUUAUUAAAGUGGAAUCGUAAACAGAAAGUUAAUAAUGGAGCACCGAAUGAUAACUUACCUAGACUUGUAAUAUUAUCUGGACGCACUGAAGAAUCAGUGAAGUUGUUUUUAAACGAUGUUGCUAAUCGUCCAAUAGAUGUAGAAUACAUCCGUUUAUUACAUGACAUCUAUGCAGACAAUCUAGACGGUCACUCAUGGAGAGGGUACAUAAUACUCAAUUCUUUCCAACAAAAUUCAAUAAAGGAAAUUCAAAAUUGUAAUAGCAUGAAGAGACCCAUCUGCUUCGUAUUUUCAGCUUUAGGUUCACAGUGGCCAGGAAUGGGACGAAACUUAUUAAAAUUUCGCGUUUUUGCAAAAACAAUAAAAAGAUGCGACGAUAUUUUAAAACCGUAUAAUAUAAAUGUCAAGAACAUUUUGAUAAAUACAGAAAUAUGCGAAAACGCAUUAAACGCGUUUCUUGGAAUCAUUGCUAUUCAGGUCGGCUUAGUAGAUCUCCUAACAUCCUUAGGAAUUAAUCCGGAUUACAUGAUUAGUCAUUCUGGCGGUGAACUCGGUUGCGCGUACGCAGAUGGAUGUCUCACCAUUGAACAAACUAUUUUAUCAGCAUAUUUAAUUGGUUUGGCAUGUGCCGAAGAAAAAAUAAUUCGUAGCUCAAUGGCGGUUGUCAGUAUCGGUUACGAUUGUCUUAAAAACAUAUGUCCAACGGACAUUCAAAUAGUAUGCCGCAAUAGUGAGAACAAUAACGUCGUGAGUGGACCUAUAAAAUCCGUACAAGAAUUCAUGAACAAAUUACAGGUGAAUAACAUUUAUGUGAAGGAGAUCUAUUGCAACAUACCGUAUCAUAGUUCGUAUCUCGCAUCUGCGGAAACUCAACUUUUGCUUAAUUUGAACAAAAUAAUACCCUGGCCAAAGAAACGAAGUCCAAAGUGGAUCAGCACUUCCAUACCUCGUACCGAAUGGGUUAAUUCAGAAUCGAAAUUAUCAUCGGCAAACUAUCAUACCCGUAGUAUAUUAAAUACCGUUCUCUUUGAACAAACAUUAUAUUUAAUUCCGAGUAACGCUAUUACUAUCGAACUCGCACCACACGGCGUUCUGCAGAACGUAUUGAAAGAAUCUUUGCAUCCAAAAGUGACAAACAUUGUAUUGACUCAACGCACUGAACAAAAUAACAAUGUAACUUUUCAAGGAAUUGGAAAGCUUUACAACUCUGGACUACACCCGCAAGUUGCAAAUUUGUAUCCACCAGUAGAAUAUCCAGUUAGCAGAGGAACUGCUAUGAUUUCUCCAUCGAUCAGAUGGGAUCAUUCCGAAGAUUGGUUUAUACCAAAGUAUAAAAUACAAAAGUCCAUAAAAUGUAGGGAAAGAUAUGUCGAAAUUUUACUCGACAAUGAGGAUUAUGAUUAUAUGAGUGAUUAUAUAAUUGAUGGAAGCAAUUUUUUACCCGUGACAGGUUAUCUUGCACUUGUUUGGCAAACUGUCGGCAUGAUAAAAGGGCAAAUAUACAAAACACUAUCGAUAGUUUUCCGAGACGUAAACUUUAUUCGUGCUACUUAUUUGUCGAAAAAUGAUGCUGUAAAUUUGAAAAUUGCGAUACAGAAAGAUGGGAAGUUUGAAAUAACCGAAGGAGAUAGCGUUAUUGUGACAGGUACAGUGUACGAGACAUUGAAUCCAGAACAAGAAAUGAUUCCGACAAAUCUAUUACUGAAAAAUAAUGAUGAAGAAGAACUCAUGACUGCGCGUGAUAUCUACAAAGAAUUGAAAUUGCGUGGAUAUCAGUACAGUGAUUUGUUUCGUGGAUUAAAGAGUGCAUCUAUAUCAGGCAAACAAGGACACAUCAUAUGGAAAAAUAAUUGGGUAACAUUCAUGGACUCUAUGUUACAGAUGAAACUUAUCGGAUAUGAUACUAGGAAUCUGUAUGUUGCUACGAGUAUUCAAAAAAUAGUGAUCAAUCCAAUGCUUCACGCUUGGAAGCUACAGGACAUCACGGAUAGUGGAGAAGUUAUAACAGACAUUGAUAAACUAUUACCGAUACAAAUUUACAAAGAGACAGACACGAUUAAAGCUGGUGGAAUAGAGAUACGAGGUCUUAAAAUCACUCAAAUCAAUCGUCGGAAUUUAGCCCAAGAUGCUGUUCUUGAGGAAUAUACAUUUGUAGCUCAUUGUGAUCGCACUAAGAUUCCUUUAAACGAAGCAAUUCGGAUAUCAGCACAACUCGUUCUGGAAGAUCAUCGAAUUAUUAAUGUGAAAGUUGUGGAGCUAGUGAAAGAUGAAGAUAAUGUUACAUUAGAAUUUCUCUCAUCUUCGUUGCUGCUUGAGGCAUUUAAUGAUAUGCCGUUAAUACAAACGAGUAUCACUCUAUUAACAUCAUCGAAUCAUUUUAGUCCAGAUUUAUCGCAAAACUUUUCAAUCAGAGAUUUGGAAAAACCAUCUUUAGAUGACAAAGCUUUAAUUGUUGCUGGAUUCAACCUUUUGACCAAACAACAUGAAUCGUUAGAGCGACUAUUACCAUUUUUGAGAGAAGGUGGUUACCUGUUGACGCGUGAAAAAUGUGACGUAAUUGACUAUACAAAACAUUUACAACAAUACGAAUUAAAUGUUGUCCUUGAAAAGUGCACUGAUGAAGAAAUAAUUGUGCUUCUAAAGAAAAAAAUUUUGAUAGAAAAAAGGAUCGUUGUCUACGUAAGUAAUGAUAACUUUAAUUGGCUGGAAAAUCUAAAGCCGCUGGUGAACGAUGAGAACAAGCUCGAUGAGAAUAAUAGAAUCAUAAUUGUUGGAGAGAGAGAUUUCGAAUGCGGUUUAUUGGGUUUUAUUAACUGCUUGAGAAAAGAACCAGGUGGAAAUCUCGUUAGGGGUGUGCUCGUUCAAGAUGAAAAGGCUCCUAAAUUCUCUCUUGAAGAUCCCUUUUAUCUAGAGCAAUUACAGAAAGAUAUGACCAUUAAUGUACUGCGAUUUAAUAAAACUUGGGGAUCGUACAGACAUUUGAAAUUACCACAACCCGAAGCCAAACCUGUAUCUACCGCUCAUGUCUGUCAAUCGGUUUAUGCUGAUCUAAGUACACUUUAUUGGGUAGAAGAUAACAGAUCAGUUGAGUCUCGUCAUGAGGAUUUAGUAAAUGUUGUUUAUUCAUCUCUAAAUUUCAAAGAUGUAUUGCUUACAACUGGUAAAAUAAUAUUUACUCAAACGCUUUUGAAAGGACGGUUGGAUCAAUAUUUUCCUAUUGGAAUGGAAUACGUAGGAUGGGAUGCUAACAAGCAACGUGUAAUGGGAAUUCGUGAGACUGAUUGUAUAGCAAACGUUGUUGCGAAAGAUAAAGAUCUUUGUUGGAAAAUACCCGACACGUGGACAUUCGAAGAAGCAGCGACAGUCCCGGUGAUUUACAGUACGGUUUACUUAGCCCUAUACAUUUACGGAAAAAUGAAAAGAGGCGAUAAAAUACUUAUACAUUGUGGUACUGGAGGCAUUGGACAAGCAGCUAUUCAUCUCGCUCUCAAAGAAGGAUGCGAGGUGUUUACUACCGUGGGCACGAGUGAUAAACGGGAUUUUAUUAGAAAAUUAUUUCCGACUAUUUUGGAUGAACAUAUUGGAAAUUCUCGAGAUACUAGUUUUGAACUAAUGAUAAUACAGCAGACGAAAGGUCGCGGAGUCGACAUUGUGUUAAAUUCAUUAGCGGAAGAAAAAUUAAUCGCUUCCGUUCGAUGUUUAGCUCAAAACGGACGAUUCUUAGAAAUUGGUAAAUUUGAUCUUAUUUCUAAUAAUCCCCUAGAUAUGUCUGCGUUCCAGAAAGGUAUCAGUUUUCAUGGAAUUAUAUUGGAGAAUUCAUUCACUGAUGAUCGCAAGUAUAAGUCGCUAUUAUGCAAAAUGGUAGCUGAUGGUCUUGAAAAUGGAACAAUCAAACCAAUUCAAGUGAAAAUUUUUUCAAAAACAGAUGUUGAAGAAGCUUUUAGGUAUAUGGCGAGUGGAAAACAUAUAGGAAAGAUAAUUAUAAAUAUCCAUGAAAAGAAUGAACCAUUAGAUAAGCACAUUCUCGCGUACCGUCGCUAUUAUUGUCUCAAAGAUAGAAGUUACAUUAUAUUAGGAGGUCUGGGUGGAUUUGGGUUAGAGUUAACCGACUGGCUUAUACUUCGUGGUGCCAGAAACGUUAUUUUAAUUUCACGAACUGGAAUAAAAAACGGUUACCAGCGCAUGAAAAUUCGAUUGUGGAAAUCAUAUGGUGUAAAAGUUUUGAUCAUCAAAAAUAUCGAUAUUGCUAACACCAAAGACUGCGAAUGUCUCUUACGAAGUGUGGAAAAAGAAGCACCGGUGGAUGCAAUAAUCAAUCUCGGUUUGGUACUGAAGGACAGCUUCUUGAAGACUCAAACCGCAGAGACUUUCGCAGAAUCCUUCUUAUCAAAGGCUCGAGCAACUCAAACAUUGGACAAACUUUCUAGAAAAAUCUGUCUUAAUUUACGUCAUUUCAUAGUGUUCUCUUCUAUUUCCUGUGGCAGAGGAAUCGCUGGGCAAACUAAUUAUGGCAUGGCCAACUCCAUCAUUGAGAGAAUUUGCGAAAAGAGGGUGGAGGAAGGAUUACCUGGAUUAGCGAUUCAAUGGGGGACUGUAGGUGAAGUGGGUUUUUUCGCUGACAUAGAGGAGGACAAUAAAGAAUUAAUCAUUGAUGGCAUUCUACAGCAAAAAAUUUCCUGCUGUCUUGACGAAUUCGAUAAGUUUUUACUUCAAAGCCGGCCAAUUGUAAGCAGCAUGGUUGUAGCUGAGAAGAAAACAAGAUCUUCUGGAUUUAGCAAUCUGGUAGCAACUGUCGCUAAUAUUUUAGACAUAACUGACAUAAAAGUGGUAAGUCCAAAUUCGUCUCUGGCCGAACUUGGAAUGGACUCCAUGAUGGCCGUGGAUAUCAAACAAACUCUGGAACGAGAGUUUAAUAUUCUUUUCACAGCACAAGAGAUUCGAAAUCUUACUUUUGCAAAACUCAUUGAAACAUCCACAAAAAUCAGUGAUAAUAAUAUGCAUAAUAGAAAGAAACUCGACACAGAGAAGCCAGAAUAUUUAGCACAUGUAAUUCUUGCUAUAAAGGAUGAAGACUUUAUUUCACAAACUUAUUCUACUCUUUCGACUAAAGGACAGGGAACUACAUCUGAAGUAUUUCUUAUACCAGGUGUUGACGGAUGUGGAACUACAUUUAAUCAUUUAGCACCAAAUAUUUUAUUUUCAGCAACAUCCUUCCAUUAUAACACAAGCAAUAUUGAUCCUACUACAAACAUUAUAUCAGAGAAAACUGAUCACCUCAUAAAGUACAUAAUACCAAAGCUGAAAAAUGGGAAAGAUUUUGUAAUGGUAGGAUUCUCCUUCGGAUCUAUUAUCGCAAUUGAAUUAACAAGAAGAUUGGAAGCUAUGAAUUUUAAAGGUCGACUGAUUCUCAUCGAUGGCGCUCCUGAACUAGUACAAACGAUGUACAAAUAUAUGCGAAGUUCUGAAUUAGACCUUCAGAUUUACGUUCUAACUCAUAUUAUGGAAAUUUAUUCACCAGGAAGUAGUGAAAAGAUUCUAACGGAAUUGAAGAACUGUGAUACUUGGAACGAAAGAUAUAAUAUUUUCGCCAAACAGUUCUUAGUUAUAAAUGCACCGCUUUCACUUACAAAUUUAAAGACGCUGUGUACAACAAUUUACAAACAUUUAUACGCUCUCCAAGAAUAUGAUCCUUCUACUUUGACACCCAUUAAGUCUUCCAUAAUUUUGCUAAAACCUACACACCCAUUGAACUUACCACCAAUUGAAGAGGAUUAUGGUUUGUACAAGGUAACUCAAAACAUAGUGAAGGUACAUUACGUUGAAGGUAAUCACGUGACCAUCUUGAAAAAUAAAAAAGUAUUAGCUGCAAUUAACGGAAAACCACCAUUUAUAAUUUAA